UUAACAUAUAUCAGUCGUUACGAUGAGCUGUUUUAAACCGUAAUUGUCUGACAUACCCAGUGAUCGCUGUGCCACUGUAGCCUAAAGUAACUAUAACAUUUGAGUUAUUAGUGAAUAUGGUGAUUUUUGUGAUAGUGCUAGUUCUACUAAUCCUAAUUUACUGCUACGGAACAAGGACUUUCAGUUACUGGUCUAAACGUGGUAUAAAACACGACCCACCCAUUCCCUUACUUGGCACGUCCAAGCGGCAACUCUUUUGGCAACUCAGUCAUGCUGAAAUCUACCAUGAGAUGUACUGUAAGUACCCCCAGGAACGAUACGUCGGAUAUUACUUAACUACUACGCCGCUUCUUAUCUUAAGAGACCCAGAGUUAGUAAAGAGGAUUUUAUCGUCCGACUUCAGCUAUUUCUACUCAAGAUCAGUGCAUCCGCUAGAUGAUAGGCCAGAACUGUUGUUAAAUAACCUGUUUUCGUGCGAGGGAGACUUAUGGAAAUUCCUCCGGCAGAGAAUGACACUUGCUUUUUCUUCGGCGAAAUUAAAAGCCAUGUUUCCUCUGAUCAUUUCUAGAGCCGAGAAGUUACAGCUACUUGCGGCUGAUGCAGCUUCUAGAGGUUCAGAAGUAGACGUACUAGAGCUCAUGGCACGUUAUACCACUGAUUUUAUUGGUGCUUGUGGGUUUGGUCUGGACACAGAAGCCCUAAACGAUGACAACUCAAUAUUCAGACGGAUCGGAUAUCGCAUCUUCCAUAACACGACCCGCGAUUCCAUAGUGAUGUUUUGUAAAUUUAUGAUGCCCAGCGUGUUCAAGGGUUUACACUUCUUCUCCCAGUUUGUGGAGAAAAAUAUGAUGGAUCUUGUAAAAAGUAUAAUGGUUCAGAGAGAGUACAAACCAUCAGGUAGAAAUGAUUUUAUAGAUUUGCUUUUGGAAGCGAAAGCGAAAGGGAAGACCAUCGGAAACUCUUUAUCCGAGGCUGUUUCUGGAACUCCGGGAUCUGGGGAGCUGGAGUUGGAUGAUGAGUUGAUGGUAGCACAAGUAUUUGUAUUUUUUGGCGCCGGGUUCGAGACGUCAGCAAAUUCUUCCAGUUACAUGUUGCAUGAGUUAGCCCAUCAUCCUGAGUACCAACAGAAAUGUCAGGAGGAAAUUGACGAGGUACUCGCUCGAUAUGAAAACAAAUUGUCCUAUGACGCAAUUAAAGAAAUGAAUUAUCUUGCUAUGUGUUACAGUGAAACGCUCCGUGUCUUUCCUCCAGUUGGCUACCGGAUGCGUAAAUGCACAAAACCUUACAUCAUCCCAGGAACAGAUAUUACCUUGGACCCAGGAGUAAAGGUGGUGAUACCAACGAAAUCAUUUCACAACGAUCCACAGUACUGGGAAGAGCCGGAACUAUUUAUUCCAGAAAGAUUCCAUGCGGAUAACGUCGGGAAAAUCAACAAAAAUGUAUAUUUGCCGUUCGGAGAUGGACCAAGGAAUUGUAUAGGAGAACGUCUCGGGGUGAUGCAAUCCCUGGCUGGACUGGCUGCGCUGCUCAGCCAAUUCUCCGUAGCCCCGGGAAGGAACACAGUUCGCCACCCGCCUCUCGAUCCAGCCGUUUUCCUUGUACAAAGCGUGCUAGGCGGUUUACCACUAGUACUUACACCUAGGAAGAAAAAUAUGUGAUGUAGGUAUAAUUUCCGCAAAUGUUCAAUGGACUUAAAAAGGACAUUAAUUUCUGUUAAAUUAAAGUGCAGCCAAAUACGGAAUGUCAAUUUCCCAUUUGAUAAACGCCAUCAAAAGUA